CCGCCCCCAUCCGCCUCGCCGCCCGGGACCCUGCAUGGCCUAGAAGCACUACUUCCGCUCUUUCCGUCCUCCCACAAUCCUUUAGCGUCGCUUUGCUGAGCGGGCUGCCGGGAGAAUAGUGGUCGGUGAGGGCGCUGUGAGGUGCCCCGGGCAAGCAGCAGCGGAUCAUAAUGUCGGCUCAGGCCCAGAUGAGAGCUUUGCUGGACCAGCUGAUGGGAACGGCCCGUGAUGGUGAUGAGACUCGUCAGCGUGUAAAAUUUACAGACGAUCGUGUCUGCAAAAGUCAUCUUCUGGAUUGUUGUCCACAUGACAUUCUUGCAGGAACGCGGAUGGAUUUGGGUGAGUGCACCAAGAUUCAUGAUUUGGCACUACGAGCGGACUAUGAGAUUGCAAGCAAGGAGAAAGAGCUGUUUUUUGAGCUUGAUGCUAUGGAUCAUUUGGAGUCAUUUAUUGCGGAGUGUGACAGGAGAACUGAACUUGCGAAAAAACGACUUGCUGAAACACAAGAAGAAAUAAGUGCAGAAGUUGCUGUAAAGGCAGAAAAAGUUCAUGAAUUGAAUGAAGAGAUUGGAAAACUGUUGGCCAAAGCUGAACAGCUGGGAGCUGAAGGAAAUGUUGAAGACUCCCAAAGAAUUCUGUUGGAAAUGGAAAGAGUUAAGGCUAGGAAAAGAGAGGCUGAGGAUGAAUAUCGCAAUUCAAUGCCUGCCUCCAGCUUCCAGCAGCAGAAGCUUCGUGUUUGUGAAGUGUGUUCUGCAUACCUUGGACUGCAUGACAAUGAUCGUCGACUUGCAGAUCACUUUGGUGGGAAGCUUCACCUAGGAUUUAUACUGAUUAGAGAAAAACUUGAUCAAAUGAGAAAAGCUGUCGCAAGCAAGCAGGAGAAACGAAACCAGGAACGCUUGAAGAGACGAGAGGAGCGGGAAAAGGAAGAGCGAGGGGGAAAGAGAUCGCGUUCAAGGGAUCGGCGACGACGAAGAUCACGAUCCACUUCUCGUGACAAACGAAGAUCAAGAUCAAGGGACCGACACAGGCGACAUCGUAGUCGAUCAGGAAGUCGUAACAAAGGUUACCAUGGCAGUUCUAGAGAUAAGGAUAAGGAGAGGGCAAAAAAAUAACUACUGCAAGAGGAUUGCAAAGAUCAGCAGGGAUCACACAGCAACGAUAACGAAGUCUUUUGACUUUGCAUCUGGAGAAAACCUGCACUGCAUCAGAUAACAUACUUUGUGUUGUAUUUUUAAUCAAUCGAGCAAUGUUCUAUAAAUGACAAUAAAGCUUUUUUUCUUACUGAAAGCUCACAUUUGAUAAAUCCAAUUUUUUUAUUGUUUGAAAAUAGCAAUGUUAUUAAUUAUAUUCUGCUUGCCCUCCGUUGAAAGUAGUUGGUAUACAAUUAAAUCAUUUGUUUAGUGUA